AUGCCAAAACUAUCGAUAGUUAAUAGUGGGUCUGCAGUAGUUCCUUGCAAGUGGGCUACAUGCACUGCUCGGUUUGAAUCCAACGACCAGCUGCUACCACACAUAUCAUCACUUCAUUUAACCGCUAAUCACAUUGGUAAACCAUUGCUGGGAUUGGCACCAUCCACUGGCCACAUCACUACAAACGAGCCCAACUGCUCUUUUAAGAAUGGCUAUGACACUCCUGACUCUGCCAAAUUCCCUUCUAUGCUCUCUGUUUUGUAUUCAGACUCGGCUGCGUCGAGCAAAACCUCAAUGCCCACACUGGCUAAUAUCCUAUGUUCAGACUCUGCAUCCGAAGACUCAUACAUGUCACACAAAGACACAGUCAAGGACGAGCAGCAUGGAGCGUCACUCCAUUCAACUACUGAAACAACUUACCAGGCUGGUACAACAACGCUUUUAUGCAAGUGGAGUCUAUGCGAUCUUCAAAACUUUGCCAGUUUUGAAGACCUGAUUCAUCAUGUUACGUUUGAUCAUAUUCCACUAUCGCCAGAAAAACAGAUGAACCCUCACAGUUGCCAAUGGGCUGAAUGCUCGGAGCGAUUUGGUGCGUUUGAGUAUUUGACUGAGCAUAUAUCCAUGGCCCAUAUAGGCAAUGGUAAGCGAUUGUAUUCAUGUCAAUGGAUGGGAUGCGAUCGGAACAAUCGACCAUUUACGCAACGACAAAAGAUUAUGCGUCAUAUACAGAAACAUACGGGAGAUAAGCCAUAUGAAUGCACCACCUGUAUGCAGCGAUUUUCGGAGCAUGCAGUCAUGAUUCAGCAUCAACGAAUCCAUACUGGAGAGAAGCCAUACGUCUGUCCAGAAGCAACAUGCCAAAAGCCAUUUACAUUACCAGGAGCACUAACAGUGCAUCUACGCAAACAUACAGGAGAGAAACCAUUUGAAUGCAAGUCGAGUGGAUGCAACAAACGGUUUUCAGAUAGCAGCAAUUUAACCAAACACAACCGAGUACACACGGGCGAAAGGCCGUUCAAAUGUCCUGUCAGUAUGUGUCAUAAGAAGUUUGCAAGGCCAGACCAGGUAUCACGUCAUUCAAAAAUACAUCGGGCACCAGAGCUAUCUAGUGCAUCAACAGAUACUGCAUGUAUCAAUUAUACCUCACCUGGAUCUGCCUCUACAACCAAUGAUAACGCUUCUUCGCAUGAUUGAACACAUUAGUGAUGUUUUGAAGACAUGUCAUUGUUGGAUUCAAAUAAUCUGUUUCUUUAUUUUGCAUUAUGAAGUUUGUUUUUUUGAAAAUAAACUGUUUAUAUUAUUAU